AUGUCUUUGCUUUGCUUUCGUUUGCUCUUGAUAUCGCCACCAAUGGACUCUACUAAGAGGCUUGCAUUCUCGGAACAUUUUAUGUCUCAGAGGAGAAAGGUGAUUUCAGGGUUCAGUUUAGGCGUUGGAGUUUCUCUUGUUUUUCUCACCGUUCUUUUGCUCAACAACACUUUCCUCACCGCUCCCAAGGUUCAAGUGUUUCUCCAAGGAUCUGAUUCCAAUUCUUCGUUUUCAUGGCGUUUUCCCUUCUCGUCCCGUUAUUCCAACAAUUCUACAAGUUCUUUGCAUAGUACUGAAGUGAACGUGUCGAGUGAGGGUUUAGAGAAGAAAGCCCUUUUGGGAAACCUCACUGGGAAUCAGAAAAACACAAGCUUGCACGAUGGGCACGAGGAACAUGGCUAUUGUUGUGCUUUGAAGAAUGUUACUGAGUCAGGUAAGGAAAAUGGGCACGUAGGAAAUUCGUCAUGCAAUGGUGGUGAUGAUGGUGUGGGAAAGUGUGAAGAAGGGUUGGUUAAGGAAAGUAAUGAUAGUGUUGUUAGUGUUGGUAAUUUGUUUGGGGAGUGUGACAUCUUUGAUGGGAAAUGGGUGAGGGAUGAGUCGAAACCAUAUUAUCCCUUGGGGUCUUGUCCCUUCAUUGAUAGGAAUUUUGAUUGCCAUCUGAAUGGGAGGCCUGAUAGUGAGUAUGUGAAGUGGAAAUGGCAGCCGAAUGGGUGUGACAUUCCAAGUUUGAAUGCAACUGAUUUUCUGGAAAAGUUGCGUGGACAGAAGCUGGUUUUUGUGGGGGAUUCGCUGAACAGAAACAUGUGGGAGUCCUUGGUGUGUAUCCUGCGUCAAAGUGUCAGUGACAAGAAACAUGUUUUUGAAAUUUCUGGAAAAACGGAAUUUAAGAAGAAGGGUGUUUAUGCUUUUAGAUUUGAGGAUUAUAAUUGUUCAGUAGAUUUUGUUAGUUCACCAUUCAUUGUUCAAGAGUCAACUUUCAAGGGCACAAAUGGGUCCUUUGAGACAUUAAGAUUGGAUUUGAUGGAUCAGACAACUACCACCUAUCAUGAUGCUGACAUCAUAGUCUUCAAUACAGGCCAUUGGUGGACCCACGAGAAAACCUCUAGGGGUGAAGACUAUUAUCAAGAAGGCAAUCACAUAUACCCCAGACUCAAAGUUCUGGAUGCAUAUACAAGGGCAUUGACCACUUGGGCUAGAUGGAUUGACAACAAUAUUGAUGCCAAUCAAACUCAGGUUUUCUUCAAAGGAUACUCAGUCACCCAUUUCAGGGGUGGGCAAUGGAAUUCGGGAGGACAUUGCCACAAAGAAACUGAGCCAAUAUCUGAUGGAAAACACUUGCGCAAAUAUCCCUCGAAAAUGAGGGCUUUAGAGCAUGUCGUCCUACCAAAGAUGAAAACUCCAGUGAUAUAUAUGAACAUUAGUAGGCUUACAGAUUACAGAAAAGAUGGACAUCCCUCUAUAUACAGAAGGGAGUAUAAGACAGUAGAGGAGCAUGCCUCUGCUGAACUACACCAAGAUUGUAGUCAUUGGUGUUUGCCUGGAGUACCUGAUACUUGGAAUGAAUUACUGUAUGCUUCUCUAUUGAAAUAUGGUAAAGGCCAUUGGAAAAGUUGA